AUGAUAAGAACAUGGCGGUUGUUACUCCUGGGGAGGGGGAGAAUGUACAGCACAUUAACGUGCAGACGCGAUAAAUUGGAUUCGCUUAGAAUGUUAUCAUACGACUUUUACAGAAGAAGCCAAGGCAAAAAGGGGGUCCCUGCAAAGCUACAGGGAGAAAUGGCUCAAGGUGCAGCGACGCUCAGUGAGCUUCCACCUGAUGGGCUAUCACCCGGAGAGCGGCUGUACCUGGAAGCAGUAACCGUAAGUCACUCCGUUGAGGAAAUGUUCCGCGAAGACAUAUACAACAGCCAAAGCUACGUCCUAAUCCUUAAGGGGCUAGUGAAUACCCUCACCCAUGUGAAGGAGGAAGGGAAGAGAAGACACUUACGCAAGCUGAUCACCACCUUUGUGGGAUUCUUCCAACGAUACGUGCACCUCAUGAAUGAACAGGACAUCACCUUGUUGUUAGAUGUAACGGCCAAGUGUUCCAUCCGGAAAAAAGAAAUAAACCAACUGAUAAUACAGCGCCUGAGCAAAGGUGAAAAGAACACCUUGUUUUUCUCCCUCAAUUCGAAAAGCGUUUGCAUCAUCUUGAAUAGCCUACAUAAGGUGAUACCUCAGGGAAAUCACGCCGAGCGUCACGCCGACCAGUACGCCCGCGCAGCUCGCCGCCUAACCAGUGAUAUCUUCCAUUUCUACGUUGUGAACAGGUACAAGAAUUUCUCCUUGGGUCAGAUGAUAAUUAUCCUUCACUCCAUGCAUCGGUAUGGUUACGAGAAGUGCAGAGUGGCUGGCUUGAUAGGUCACAUUGCACAGCGCCUUUUGGAGACAUGCCAAGGGGGAGAAGCAACCUCCAAUUUGGGAAAUGCUAUCAAGGGAGGAUGUACCGAAAAGAGGAACAAUACAGACAACUCGGUCGAACACGAAGGGGAUCCACCAUGUGAUUACAAACCAGACCAACAUACACGAGGAAGGAGCGGUCCUUCCACCACUGCUCUUUUCCCAUCACGAACAGAUGAUCGCGCUUCCAUAUUCGACCUGCAGAAUAAAUAUGAGUUGAUCCUUUUGCACACGCUCAGUUGCUACAAUUACUGCAACAACCAUCUGCUUGGCAUCCUCCUGUGUGAAGUAAAAAGGAAGCUAUUCACAACUUACAAGGAAAAGGAAGUCUGUAUGUUCCUCUCUGCAAUGAGUAACUAUCUUGCCAUACCCACAUCAAAAAGAUUUGAAGUAUAUGUGACGGAUGAGGAAAGUAAUAUAAAUGAAAACAAUCAAGUGUAUGGCUCCGAAUUGGUACGAACAUUUUUAAUAAAGGAAAAAAAACGGUUGAGCAAUUACACCAAAUUUAGCAUUGCCACAAUUUAUAUUAUCCUGUCCAAAUUGAAUUUCUUUUACGAGAAUAAAGAUGCAGAUGCUUUUUUCCUGGAUAAGUUGUUCCUUGAAAAAUAUUUUCCCAAAAAAAAAAAAAAAAAAAUUUUUUUUUCUGUUGAAGAGGAUAACAUAACAGUCAAGACGAUAAUAAGUUUAUUGUUUUCUCUCGUUUUAAAUGGCCAAAGGGAUAUCACUUACUACGGUGCUUUGUUUGACAGUCUCAUCCUGCAAAUGUGGGAUGGUACAGUAGAAGCCUCAACAGAAGAAUCCCACGACGUGAACAAAGGCACGAGGGCGCUGAAACUUCUGUCCGUGCAAAAUGCCCACAUGCUUUGUGUGGUUUACACAUACCUACAUUUGCACAACAUGCUCGCCCAACUAAAAAGGACAAAUUUACAUUUCUUCCGCUUUCUCUUGAGUAAUUUUAACUACAUGAAUUGCACGCACUUGAAGCAGCACGUGUCGUCCCAAAUUCACGCGGAAAUUAACGCAAUUAUUGGUUUGAUCAAAACAAAAAAAAAAAAAAAAUUCGUCCUCACAAAUGAGUGCUUCGUUUUUCCCUACUACGUGGACAUCUGCCUGGGUAGGCCCUGGGCGUGA